ACACAGGCAUCUAGAUUACAAGAUGAAUAUGAAAAUCAAUCAUCUUUAACUAAUAAGUAUUUAUACUCUGAAUCUUCUUUCAACAAUAGUUCUAAGUUGAAAAAUAUAGAAAUUAAUGCAUUAGAAACUAAUAUAUCAUAUCUAUUAAAUGAUGAGACUAAACUACAAGAAACAGAUAAAAGUGAUAAUGCUGAACUUUAA